AUGUUUUUUUCUCAUAACUUUAUUCUUGGUAGAAAAACUGACCAAGCCACGGAGAACCCUGUUUCCUCCCCUGCCACAAUAAUUGCAGAUGAAAGUCAACACAAAUCACCCGAUAAGGUGGAGAAAUCGAUCGAAAUACCAACUGAAACUGAAGUAGUGGUCGAGGCAAUUGCGACAGGAAAGCCAAAUUCUUCAGUAAAACUUUCUCCACCAAAGAAAAAAGCUCAGUCACCUAUAAAGAUAUCCACUCCCAAAAAGAUUACAGCUAUUGUGUCAUCAUCUCAGCAAGUCUUUAGGUCAGAUACUGUCGACAUUGAUGAUCCUAAUUCGAAAAUUCCCACACCUAAGACGUCAACCAAGUCAAGUCCUAUGAAAUUGUUUGCUGUCAAACGUACUCCAAGAAAACAUCAAGUAUACGGGGACAAACCACCUCCAGCAGACGUACCCCUCGAUCGCUCCACUGUGACACUUCGUUCUCUCUUAAAUUGGGUUCCCGUCAAUAAACCACCCCCUAGAAUUCGAGACAUUAAUCCUAAUCCGCCAUCAUCUAAAAUAGACUCGUCAAUUCAACAAAAGUCUCCUACUCCUUCCCUAGUGAUAAAUAAGAAGCAAGAUGAGCCUCACAUCGAAGAUCAGGAUACUUCUAAUGAGGCUAUCGAUCCACUAGCUCCACAAUUAUGCCUUGAUGCUGAUGGUAACAUUGUUCUUGACGAACGGAGUCUCCAGGUUGAAAAACCGGUUGAUGAGUCGACUAUUGCCAGAAUACACGUUGCUGAGGAAGCAGGUCUCUAUGGUACUACUUAUAACAGCUUCCGUCGGAAACCCAUUCAACGUCGUGGCCGAAAGUGGACUGAAAAAGACACGACGAGGUUUUAUCGAGCUCUGAGUACAAUUGGGACGGACUUUUAUUCAAUGACUAAACUUUUUCCUGAUAGAUCCAGAAAUCAGCUCUUGAAAAAGUUUAAACGUGAAGAGAGACUUUUCCCGCAUCUUGUGGAUGACGCUCUGAAAAACAAAAGGAAUUACGAUAUCACCGUAUUUUACACCUCUGAAAGCGAAGAAGAAAAUUACGACAAACUCACCAAAGAAGCUAUUAAGGCAAAGAGAAAGAGCAAAAGCAAGCGUACGUCCGAACCCAAGCCUCGUUCCACUUGCGACAUUUCCGCUUUGAUAGAUGAAGUUCUUGCCAGGCACGCAGCCACUGAAAAUAAUGCUGACAACAAUAUGGAGGAAAGGGAGGAAGAAGACGUUGGUGAAGGCGAAACUGGCAGUGAUGAAUCAGAGGAAGAAGUGAUUCCGCUUAAAAGACCUCGAAUGAGUCCCGAAGAUCGGAGGAGGAGCCUUGAGAAGUCCAAUCGAGUUAGUUUGAGUGACAUGAUUGAAAAGACAGCUGCUGAAGUUGCUGCUUCUGAUAGCAUUUCUCAAUGA